CCACUAGGCCGAUUGACCUAUCCCAACAGUUACAAUCAUGAAUCAUGAUGUACAACCAACAAGAUUUGUGGCAACUGGCAAGGAACAAUAAUUUAUUUAUUUUUGAGAAUGGAACAAUAAUUUAUUAAUCACUCCAAAACAAAGGUUUCCCACGCCCCCAACGUUGCUUGCUAUUUGCAGCAAAAAUGGUGGCAGUGUUCAACAAAGAACUCUUGAGUUGGUACCUUAUCACCCUCAAACUCAACCAAACUUUGGAUAAUCGUCUCCAAAACGCUCAAACCCCCCACCCCCAAUCCCCACAACUGCAGAUUAACACUGAACAAUCCGUAAAGAUUGACUGCACAGACAGCUCAGUUAGUUUCCGAGAAUCCGUGAAGAUUGAGGAGGGUCCCACAUCGCCGGGAACGGAAUGGGCGAUUAGCAUCAAGGACAAGCUGGAGCAAGCGAAGCAAGACGACGAUUCUGGGUCGUGGUCAAAGCUCUGUAUCUAUAGAGUCCCGUUGAGUUUAAGGAAAGACGACGACAAAGCUUACAUUCCUCAGAUUGUGUCGUUGGGGCCUUACCACCAUGGAAAGCGGCGUCUGAAGAACAUGGAUCGUCACAAAUGGCGGGCGGUUUAUCAUAUCCUGAAGCGGACGAGCCAGGAGGUGGGUUUGUACCUGAACGCCAUUAGAGAGGUGGAGGAGAAAGCUCGAGGGUGCUACGAGGGAUCCUUAAUCGCUCUGGGCAGUAAUGAAUUCGUGGAAAUGAUGGUUCUUGACGGGUGUUUCGUCCUCGAGCUCUUCCGCGGCGCCGCCGCCGGAGGGUUUAAGCAACUCGGGUAUGCGAGGAACGACCCGGUUUUCGCGAUGCGUGGGUCCAUGCACUCGAUCCAGAGGGAUAUGAUAAUGCUGGAGAAUCAAAUCCCAUUUUUCAUUCUUGAAAUCCUCUACGAAAUCCAGUCCGGGAAUCCCGGGAUUGUGGCGAAAUUAGCGCUCAGAUUCUUCGAUCCACUCAUGCCCUCUGAUGAGCCCUUGACUAAACGCGAUUUGAGCAAACUGGAGACCUCCAUUGGAGCCAAUACAAAAGCUUUUGACCCCUUCACCGAUCUGGGUGGCCUCCAUUGCCUCGACGUUUUCCGGCGAAGCCUUCUGAGAACAGGGCCAAAGCCCUCCCCGAGAAUCUGGAUCAAGAAAUGGUCACAUAGCAGCCGCGUGGCAGAUAAAAGGAGACAACAAUUGAUUCACUGCGUUUCCGAGUUGAGGGAAGCUGGGAUUAAGUUCAAGAAAAGGAAAACAGACAGAUUCUGGGACAUAAAAUUCAAGAAUGGGUACCUCAAGAUUCCCAGGCUGUUAAUCCAUGAUGGGACAAAAUCCCUGUUCCUUAACCUCAUCGCAUUCGAGCAGUGCCAUCUGGACUGCAGUAACGACAUAACGUCCUACAUUAUCUUCAUGGAUAAUCUGAUAAAUUCCCCGGCGGAUGUGAGUUACCUCCAUUACUUUGGGAUAAUCGAGCACUGGCUGGGGAGUGAUGCGGAAGUGGCUGAGCUUUUCAAUCGCCUGUGUCAAGAAGUGGUGUUCGACAUCAAUGACACUUAUCUUUCCCGGCUGUCGGAGCAGAUAAACCGGUAUUAUGAUCACCGGUGGAAUGCCUGGAGAGCGGCAUUGAAGCACAAGUAUUUCAAUAAUCCUUGGGCGACUAUCUCCUUCUUUGCUGCUGUCAUCUUGUUGAUCAUGACUUUUGCACAGACGUUUUAUGGCGUGUAUGGAUACUACAAUCCACGCUCUUGAUUUCUGAAAAUGGUGGCUUUUCUUCUGGAAUGGGGUGCUUGAUCAUCUACUGGAUUGGAUUGCUUGAAUUGUUUUGAUUUUUUAUUUGUUUGGAUUUGGACAUAAAAAUAUACCAUCUUACAAAGGAAGCAUAAGCUUUUUUUCUUUUU